AUGUUAAUCCUUCUUAGUGUGAGUAUAUUUUUAUGGUUAAAAUUAAACCAAAUCGAUCGGAUGACUGAUCGUCUUGUACAAAAUUAUCCAUUAUGGUCCGAUGGAUAUUCGUAUCCAAAAGAAGAAUAUCAGUGGUCUUUAUUAUUAAAAAGACAAGAAGAAUAUUAUCAAACAAAAUUAAAUGGUCUUCGUUCAGUCUUAAUAUUAACCCAUAACGCAUUAAAAAAUGUUACAGAUGCUCUAAAUGAAUUAACAAAAGUAAGCAGUAGAACAAAUUCAAAUGCACCUAUCGAUCAUCUUCAUUCAUCUUAA